AUGUUCACAAAAAACGUUCUCAAGAGAUCGUUCUCGACCUCCAGAGUUGCCAAGAGCUACGCUGACACCAUCAAGAACUUGAAGAUCAACAAGGACACAAAGGUCAUCUACCAAGGUUUCACAGGUAGACAGGCUACUUUUCAUGCUCAACAGGCUCUAGACUAUGGUACCAAGAUUGUCGGUGGUACUAACCCAAAGAAGGCCGGACAGCUCCAUCUUGGUAAGCCAGUUUUUGGCUCCGUUGCUGAUGCCAUCAAGGAGACAGGUGCUACUGCCUCCGGUAUCUUUGUCCCACCUCCAGUUGCAGCCUCUGCAAUUGAGGAGGCAAUUGAGGCUGAAAUUCCAUUGGUUGUCUGCAUCACCGAGGGUAUCCCACAGCAGGACAUGUUGAGAGUGUCGCAGAUGUUGAAGACCCAGUCGAAGACUAGAUUGGUCGGACCAAACUGCCCAGGUAUCAUUGCCCCAGACCAGUGCAAGAUCGGUAUCAUGCCUCAGAGUGUUUUCAAGAAGGGUAAGAUCGGUGUUGUUUCCAGAUCAGGUACUUUGACCUACGAGGCCGUUGCCCAGACCACCGAAGUCGGCUUGGGCCAGUCUUUGGUCAUCGGUAUGGGUGGUGAUCCAUUCCCAGGUACCAACUUCAUUGAUGCCCUCACUUUGUUCCUCAAGGAUCCUGAGACUGAAGGUAUCAUCAUGAUUGGUGAGAUCGGUGGUUCCGCGGAGGAGGAGGCUUCUGAGUUCUUGAAGCAGUACAACCUCACAAGAGAUGUUCCAAAGCCAGUUGCAUCCUUCAUUGCUGGUCUUACUGCUCCUCCAGGAAGAAGAAUGGGUCAUGCUGGUGCCUUGAUUUCGGGUGGUAAGGGUACCGCCCAGUCCAAGAUCGAAGCUUUGAGAAGUGCCGGUGUUUCCGUUGUCUCUUCUCCUGGCUUCUUGGGUAAGGCUUUGGUUGAUGACUUCAAGGCCAAGAAGCUUUUGUAA